UUAGGAUACGGGAUACCAAGUCUAAAAUCUUAAAUGGAUUCUAGUUCUGGAUGUGAGGCCUCGUCAAAGAAAGAUCCUGCAUGGAAGUAUGCACAUUUGGAGGAUCAAAAAAAUAGAAAUAAUUUGACUUGCAAUUUUUGUGCUAAAGUCACAAGGGGAGGAAUAUUUCGAGCAAAACAACACAUUGUCGGAGGAUUUCGAAAUGUGAAAGAAUGCUCUAAGUGCCCUACUUAUGUACGUGAGGAGAUUAAAGAGUAUAUGUUGAAGAAAGAUAUGGAAAAGGAGGAAAAUGAGUUAUUGCCCGACUUUGAUGAUAUAGAUCAUUACGGUGAAGAUGAAGAAGAUGAAGUUCAAGAAAUUGACAUUCGUGGCAAGAGAGUGUUUACUAGUGAUGGAAGUAAAAGAUCAUACCAAUCCAACUUGAAGAAACCAAAACAGAAGGGGCCUAUAGACUUGUUUUUUACUCCCGAUCCAAAGAAAGCGAUUCAAGCUAGGAAAGAAGGGAAGAUGAAGCAAACAUCAAUAAAUGAAGCGUGCAAAAAAGAUCUUAGAAAAAAGGCAAUUGGAGAUUUUGCUAGGUGGAUGUAUGAUGCUGGGAUACCAUUUAAUGCUGUACGUUUGAGCAGCUUUGCAGUGGCACUUGAAUCGAUUGGACAAUAUGGUCCUGGAAUAAAGCCACUUAGCUAUCAUGAAGUGAGAGUUCCUUAUCUAAAGGAGGAAGUCAGUCGAAUGAAAGAGUUGUUGAAGGUCCAUAAGGAGGAAUUGACAAAAUAUGGCUGCUCAAUUAUGUCUGAUGGUUGGAGAGAUUCAGUUGCUAAUAAGGACAUAAUCAACUUUUUAGUAAACUCUCCAAGGGGAUCAGUAUUCAUCAAGUCUAUUGAUGCUUCUAAUAUUGUCAAGAAUGCAGAUAGAAUGUAUAGAUUACUUGAUGAGAUGGUCGAAGAAAUUGGAGAAUCAAAUGUGAUUCAAGUGGUAACUGACAAUGCGUCAAACUAUGUUGCAGCAGGGAGAUUGUUGGAAGCAAAGAGGCCACAUUUAUAUUGGACACCGUGUGCUGCUCAUUGCAUUGAUUUAAUUUUGGAGGAUAUUGGGAAGAUGCCUUCAAUUCAUGCAACUUUGAAAAGGGCAAUUUUUUUGAAUGGCUAUAUCUAUAAUCGUGUUGGCGUUGUCAACUUGAUGAGACAAUUCACUGGAGGAAAGGAGUUGCUAAGACCUGCAGUUACAAGAUUUGCAACUGCCUUCAUCACUCUUCGUUCAAUCCAUCUUCAAAAGAAUAACUUGAGGAAGAUGUUUACUUCUGAAGAUUGAAAUACUACUAAAUGGGCAAAGGAGGCGGCUGGCAAAAGAGCAGCUACUAUUGUUUUGAUGCCUACUUUUUGGAGUACCAUCGUCUAUGCUCUUAAGUUAACAUGUCCACUUGUUCGUGUACUCCGUUUGGUUGAUGGGGAAAAGAAGCCUGCAAUGGGAUAUAUUUAUGAAGCAAUGGAUAGGGCUAAGGAAGCCAUAGCUAAGGCUUUUGGUGAGAGAGAGGAUAAAUUCAAGGAGGCAUUUGAAAUUAUUGAUACGAGGUGGGGAUGCCAACUCCAUCAACCGUUGCAUGCAGCUGCACACUACUUGAAUCCAGAAUUUUUCUAUUCAAACCCCAACAUUUUGCAAGAUGAAGAAAUUAUGACGGGUUUGUACAAAUGUGUUGGAAGGUUAGUGCCAACUAUUGAAAUGCAAGAUAAAGUUUCAAAUGAGUUGGAAAAAUACAAUGCUGCUAGUGGCGUCUUUGGAAUUAGUUUGGCAGUGAGACAAAGGAAGACAAAAGCACCAGCGCAAUGGUGGAUGGCAUAUGGAUCAACAACUCCAAACUUGCAAAAGUUUGCUGUGAAAAUUCUUAGCCUCACGUGUAGUGCUACUGGCUGCGAAAGAAAUUGGAGCAUAUUCCAACAUCUUCUAGCAAAAGGAGAAAUAGGCUAUCCCAGCAACGCUUGAAUGAUUUGGUAUUUGUGAAAUAUAAUCGAACUUUGAGGCGUCGAUACGACAAACGUGACACCAUUGAUCCCAUCCUCCUGAAGGACAUUGAUGAUAGUAAUGAGUGGUUGAUUGGUAGGAUGGAUGGUGAUUCUGAUGAGGAUGAUGAACUUGUGUUUGAAGAUGAUAAUUUGACUUGGGAUUCUGUUGCUAGAGCCGCUGGACUAAAUAACCCCCCGCAUCACACUAGAUCAAGAAUAAGUACAAAUAUGCCAUCAUCGUCUAAAGGAAGAGAAAGGGCUUCAUCUAGUAGUGCAACCACUGCUAGGGGUUGGACCACAAUGUUGGAACUUGUAGAUGAGGAUGAAAUCCAAGUGGAUAGUGUAGAGGAGACGGAAGAGGAAAAAGAUGUUGGAGAAAACAGUUCUAAUGAUGAAGAGGAAGAUGAUGAUAUCUUCACUGACCUAGUUGAUGAUGAGUGAUGAGUGAUGAUUGAGGAGGAUUUUUAGAUUUUAUAUUUUGAAAUCUUUUAUUGUACUCUUUUCUUUUGAUGUUGAACUAUGUUGAAUUGUUGAGGCUUUUGGGCUUUGUCUUGGCAAUUUUAUUAAAUUUCCAAUUUUUUUAUUGAAUGUUUUGACAUUUUAAAUUCUAAUAUGACUAGAUAUUCAUAUGUUCAUAUAUAAAUUACCCCAAAUAGAUAUUUUACACCAUUUUAAUAAUUGUG